UGUAGUUGGCAACAAUUAUAUAAUCCAGAUUUGAAUGAUAAUCCUUCGGAGCUGUCAUCUUAAAUAAAUAAUUCAUGAAGGUUAAUAAGUACGUGUAUUAUUUUUCAUAGAUAAUUUAAUCGAAAUAAAGGAAUAACAUGAAAUUAAAAUAUUAAAAAUUGGAAGGCACCGUAUAGUAGUCUCGCGACCUAAAGAACAAAAUCAACGAACAAUAUUGAUAUAACCAGGUGAUCUUGAACGAAAUGACCAUUAUUGAAGGUAUAGGCGACGAAGUUACCCAUUUUUUCAUUGCAUUGUUUGUUGUUGUAAUUGGAACAGCUGCUUGGUGGACUACUAAUAUAUCUGAACAAAGACCUGUUAGAGCAGUUCUUUGGUUCGAAAGAAGAAGACAUAGAGCUCAUAGAAGAUUAACAAAUCAUAUUGAAUCAGUUACAAUUACUGAGGGAUCAAAUAAUUCCGUACAAGUAGAAGAGGAACAAUCACAAAUAGACGCUACUACAGAAACUCAAACGGCUUUAGAUCAAUCAUCAAAUGCUAAUAAACCACCAGAAUCUAAUUCAGAAGACAAUUUAAUUCCUACUCAAAGUACAACAUUAGAAGAACCCUUAAACCAAGAACAAAAUAUUAUUGAUACCAUGGAUGCUGAUGCCAAUAUUGUGAGGCAAAGGAGAUUAGCAUUUUAUGGUGGUUUUAAUAAUGAUGAUAAUCAACAAGGCGCAACAAGCUCUCAUUCAACAUUACCAAAUCAAAAUCCACAAACUUCAUCAGAAGAAUUGACACCAAGUGCUCCUCCUAGUGAAGAAAGUGCUCCACCUGCUGAACAUGUACAUGAUGGAAAUAAUGCAGGAAUUACAAUAAAACUAAAAUAUAUAAAUGAUGAUUUGAAAUUAGUGGAAGGCAAUUUGAACGAAUCACUUGAAGAAUUCAAAAAGAGACAUUUUCUUCCUGAAUUGUCAGCCAAUAAAAUUAUAAGGUUAAUUUUUAACGGACAAGUUCUUCAACCUGACAGCCAGACCCUGAAAAACUGUGGACUGUUUGAUAAUUGCGUAGUACACUGUUUGAUACACCAAAAAAGAAAUCCACCUACAGAUCCUAAUGUAACAGAAAGUAGAAGGGAGGGAUAUUCUUUUCCAAGCCCAAGCGGUCUGUCAAAUAAUAAUAAUAAUCAAAACAGAGAAUGGGAUUUAGGAAAUUUUUUAUUUGCAUUUAUCAGCUUGAUUUUAUUGGCGGCCUGGUAUUUUAGGUACGUGUAUGCUCAUUUGUAUACCGUUACAGCAACAGUAGGAUUGAUAUUAAUAACUGGUAUUUUUACGAUAGUUUUAGUAGGAAUGUACUUUCCUGAUAAUGAACAAUCUCCAACUAUAACAUUUCACUUACGCGAACGAGCAGCGCAACAAACAGAGUAAUAAACCAAACGUGCUCCCCGUGUCUUGAGGAGCAUAUUUUUUGGAAUUUUUUCACUUUUAUUUAUUAUGAAAAUGAACAUGUUAAUAUUAUUUGUAUACAAUGUAAAAUAUAUUGUAGGUUAAAAUUUUAUAUUUUAGUUAUAUAUAAAGUAAAUUAUUUAUUCA